AAUUUCAAAAAGCCAACGGUCGCUUCGUCUCUCUUAAUCCAUUCCCCCCUCCUUUUUUUUGGUGUCUGACGAAUCGACUGUUCCCCCUUUUUCUCUUUUCCUUUUCUUCGAGUUCAAAUCCUUCUUUCUCCGUCCAGCUCCUUUUGCAUCAAUUGAAAACCCUAGGCGGGAUCGCGCACCUCUUUUUAGGUAGGGUUUUGUGUUCUUGGCGAAGAGGGGGUUUCUUGUGCUGAUCCAAUGGAACGGAUUGGGCAAAACCCUACUCCUAAUGGUAGGAUAGGUGUUUCUCCUGGGAAGGAGAUCAAGAAGACGGUUCGAAUGGCCGAGAUGUGCGAUUUCAUUCCUUUUGAAUCAACUAUUAUAGGAUCUUCGGAUUCACCUGAUAUACCUUGUGGGCAACUGCAAGAGACGCCGGAUUACAUUAGAAGAGGCAUACAAAGAAAAAGAAUCGUACCUCUUGAGCUCUUUUCAAUUAGAAGAUCCAACAGCUCUAAUACAAAUCAGGGAUCAUCUCCGGAGAUGCAAUCUUCGAGUAAAAGAGAAGCUUUGGAAGCUUCGAUCAUGGAUACGUAUAAUUUCUUGAACAUAAAUGUAGGUGGAAUCGAUGAUUCUGUAGCUUAUGAAGGUUUGGAGUUUCAAAAGGAUAACUUCUAUACUGGUGGAGAUACUAUUAGAACAGAUGCACCAAUUGGUGAUGGGAAAGUAGUACUAUUGUACCAAUCUGCUCGAAUAGGAAAUUUCUCGUAUAAGUUUGAGAACUUUGAUGCUGGAGAGUAUCUUGUAGACCUUCACUUUGUGGAGAUUGUGUACACUGAUGGUCCUCCGGGAAUGAGAAUUUUCGAUGUCUUUAUACAGGAAGAGAAGGUUAUCUCUGCAUUAGAUGUAUACGCAAAGGUCGGAGCCAAUCAGCCCUUAGUAAUAUCGGACCUUAGGGCAUCAGUUGUUGAAAAGGAAGGUCUAUCCAUAAGAUUCGAAGGGUUAGUCGGCAGACCUAUUGCUUGUGGUAUUUCAAUUAAAUGCGACACUUCUAAAGGAACGAUGGAAGAAAUAUCAAAUCUGACAGAGGACAAAUGCAUUAGCUGUAGGAAACUGAAGAAAGAGUAUGAUUUACUCCUGAAGAAUCAAGAAGAAGCUAAAAGAGAAGUGCAAGAAUUAAAGAGAGAGAAUGAUCUCAAAAGUAAAGAAUGCCAUGAGGCAUGGAUGUCACUCCAGGAACUACAGAUGGAACUGAUGCAGAAGUCGAUGCAUGUUGGUUCUUUAGCCUUUGCUGUUGAGGGACAAGUGAAGGAGAAGAGCCGAUGGUUUCUGUCCCUAAGAGACUUGAGCGAGAAAUUUAAUUUGCUGAAGCUCGAACAUACCAAUUUAUCAGAGGCAGUGCAGGAAUACAAGAAGUGCCUUGCAGAUUUUACAGAGAUGAACAAUUCAAUUCAGAACACCAUGGACUAUUACACCAACAUAAAUAGGGAGUGCAAAGAGCUAAAAGAGAAAUUCAUCGAGGAAACAAAGGAACGGAAAGAUCUGUACAAUAAGCUUAUUGAGCUGAAAGGAAACAUUAGAGUUUUUUGUCGGUGCCGACCUCUAAAUGGAGAAGAAAUAGCUGCUGGAGCUUCUAUGGCUGUCGAUUUUGAAUCUGCAAAAGAUGGUGAACUAAUAGUUCGGGGUCAUGUAUCCUCCAAGAAAGUAUUCAAAUUUGACUCUGUUUUCAACCCUGAAGAUGACCAAGAAAAGGUAUUUGAGAAAACAGCACCUUUUGCAACAUCAGUGUUGGAUGGGUACAAUGUCUGCAUAUUCGCUUACGGGCAGACUGGGACUGGGAAAACAUUCACCAUGGAAGGGACUGAAGAAGCUAGAGGAGUCAAUUAUAGGACUCUCGAGGAACUAUUUCGUAUUAUCGAAGAAAGGGAGGGGCUUUUUCGUUACGAGUUAACUGUAAGUGUGUUAGAGGUCUACAAUGAGCAAAUACAUGAUUUACUUCUUACAGGAUCCCAGCCUGGAGUAGCUUCGAAAAGGCUAGAAGUCAGACAAUUUGCAGAAGGUGUUCAUCAUGUUCCUGGACUGGUUGAGGCUCAUGUUGGCAACAUGAAUGAGGUUUGGGAAGUUCUACAAACUGGCAGCAAAGCCCGGGCUGUAGGAUCAACAAAUGCAAAUGAACACAGUAGUCGAUCACACUGUAUCAACUGUGUUAUGGUGAGAGGAGAGAAUCUGGUAAAUGGGGAAUGCACGAAAAGCAAGUUAUGGCUAAUAGACUUAGCAGGAAGUGAGAGAGUAACGAAGACAGAUGCUCAAGGAGAACGAUUGAAGGAGGCUCAAAACAUUAACAAAUCACUCUCUGCAUUAGGAGACGUGAUAUCGGCUCUUGCAACUAAAAGUCCACAUAUUCCUUUCAGGAAUUCAAAACUAACACAUUUACUGCAGGACUCGCUAAGUGGAGACUCGAAGACUCUGAUGUUUGUGCAGAUUAGCCCUAAUGAGAAUGAUGUGGGUGAGACUCUUUGCUCUCUCAAUUUUGCUAGUAGAGUGAGGGGAAUUGAGCUUGGUCCAGCCAAGAAGCAAGUUGAUGUCAGUGAAUUGUCCAGAUACAAAUUGAUGGUCGGCAAAGCCAAGCAAGACAGCAAGAAUAAAGAUGUUCAAAUUAAGAGUAUGGAAGAGACAAUUCAAUCUGUUGAAAUGAAAAACAGGGCAAAAGAUCUGAUCAACAAAACCCUCCAAGACAAAGUUAAAGAGCUGGAAUCACAGCUACUGAUCGAAAGAAAACUUGCGAGACAGCACGUUGACACCAAAAUAGCCGAAGAACAACAGCAGCAGCAACGAGAAAGAGAAGAUGAAAACAUUCCAUUCACUACUCCGUACAAAGACUUUGCGAAUGUAAUGCGGCCCCUCACUGAUAACAAUAUCCACAGACUGACGCCAUUCCCUCCAAGCGAUAAUACCAACAUACUUAAGCCCUUCUCUCCUCUGAAGGACAAGGAGAAUAAGCCAGAAUUAGCAGAAGAGCAGCCACUCUUAAGAAAAGCCAGCAGAGUUUCUCUUUGCAGCACAAUUAACCGUGUUCCUCCCGUUCCUGCCUCUCGUCGGAACUCUCUAAUUCCACUUCCUACCAUCAGGCCCACAGCAGAUAAUCCGUCACCGCCCUUUUGUUCACCACUCCCAACUAUUAAUGACAAAAAUCGCGAACAUAAAAGAGACCCUAGAAGUAACAAGAAGAUAGCCAGUAUUCUUAGAAGAAGCCUCCAAAAGAAGGUGAUUGUAAGGCCACAGUUACCACAGUCGGUUCGAAGAGGGAGCAAUGGGAUCGAGAAGCUUCGAAUUUCGAUCGGCGGGAGUGGGAGGAAGGCGCGAAGAGUGCCUAUGCCAACUGGUACUAACAAUGCAGCACAGAGGAAUCAGCAGCAGAGGGAGAAGGAGAGGGGAUGGAAUCAUGGAACUGCUGUGAGAAAUAUCGUCUGAUUUGCUGACAUUUAGCGUGAACUUUUCAUAGGAUGUUUUCUGACUUAUUUGGAUCUCAUUGCUGUUUAUGAGAUUCGAAAAUGGUUGAUGAUUUUAGUUCUCUAACUAAUGCUGUAUUCUGUGCAGCUUCAUCGAACUAAUUACCGUGCGUGCAAAGUUCGUGUGAGCAAGGCACGGAUUAUAAACUUUACAAUUUACAGAAAUUACUGCUAUUGUUUAGAUCAGCUAGUUUGUUCAAUACAGGUAUUACU